GGAUUGUAUGGCGUCACUUCAUGGAAUCCUGAGAGAUUAUUACGUGUGGAUUCCCGGAUUAAAAAUAGCAUGUGGAGUUUUUUUCUUCUUUUUGGCGUGAUCCAAACAUAUGGGUUAGAUGGCGCUAGGGAUUCGGUAGGACGAGUGGGAUAUAAUUGUAGGUGACAUUUGCAACCCCGGCAUGGCUUUACCGAACUCACCGGGAUCCUCCGGAGGGGGCAAACCCGAGCCCAGCGUCAUCGACCUGGGUACCAUCUUCGUUGACUCUGACAUCAUCUUUGGAUUUACCAGUCACUUGCUGAAAAGGAAAAAGAAGUUGGAGGGAUGUCCGACUGGAGAGUCUCCAGCCACCCCCAGGAAGAGGCUUCUCUCUGCGGAGGACACGCGCUGCAGCCUCCGGCCUGCCCCAGAGGGCGCCGGCUCUGUUUCUCUGCCCGAGACGGAGGAAAAGGGAGGCUUUUGUGACACUUGUCAGAAGAAAGUGUCCGAGUUGAGGAAACUAGCGUUAGUCCUGGCUGAUCAAACCUCAUUCAAGGACACGGGCUAUGCAUCAUUUCUGUUCGAGCAACUCCACACAUCUGGCAGCAAGGAAGGUGCCGUCACCUGCUGUCAGGUGUGCUUCACGCCUCUCCAUCAACUGAAGCAGGAGGCUCUCCAGACUCUCAAUGCUCCCGUCCUCGCCCUUGGCUCCGACAUGCCGGCCUUGCCCGCCUCUUCCUUUCUCCCGCAGCCUUCCAGAUUUGCAUCCAGUGUUCAUGCGAAUCAACUGUCCAAAGGCCAAACUGCCCCACAUUCCCUCUCGGAGAAGGGGAACCUGUCAGGUCCAAAGUCCAGUGUCCAGGUGACAGUGGCAGGAGGGCAAUUUAGCGGACCUCUGAGCUCUGUCACCAUCCAAGCACAGCAGUACCUCGAGGGCGUUUGGAGCAUCUCCAGGGUCAACAACUUCCUCCCUCAACCUAAACCGAUCCAGAGCUCGAUGGUUGACGCCGGCAGAGAUGUCACGACCUCCGCAUCCCCGCUCGCCACCAUAACCAGCAGCGGCUCGACCAAAAGCAGCACCUUGACGCCCUGUCGCCUCCCUACCCCCAUCACCAGUGCAUCCAGCUCCAUCACACCCUCCUCAUCUACAGCAGCCUCUUUCUUUAUCAGGGCAGCUCAGAAGCUCAACCUGUCCUCCAAACGGAAGAAGCAGCAGCCUUCCCUGCUUCACCCACAGGAGCCUUCCAUCUACCCCACCAACUUCAGUGGUAUCCUGCAGGUGUCGCCCCCUCCUGCCCCACCAUGCCUGCUCCGUGCCAGCUCCAAAGUCAAAGAGAAUCCAGGGAUGGGAAAGGUCAAAGUAAUGAUGCGUAUUUGCCCGUCUUUGGAAGCGACAGACUCGUCCGAGUCUCAAUCCUUCCUGAAAGUGGACAGCAGGAAAAAGCAGGUCACCCUUUACGAUCCCGCAUCCAGCCCGCCACACUCAAGUUCAGGACACAGACGCUCCGCCACUGUUGCUGUCCCAAAGAUAUUUGCUUUUGAUGCUGUUUUUACCCAAGACGCCUCACAAGCGGAGGUGUGCUCAGGUACGGUGGCAGAGGUCAUCCAGUCAGUGGCGAAUGGCGCCGAUGGAUGCAUCUUCUGCUUCGGACAGGUUAAGCUUGGCAAGACGUACACGAUGAUUGGAAACGACGACUCCACUCAGACCUUAGGUGUUGUGCCCUGCGCCAUCUCCUGGCUCUUUAAGCUCAUCAAUGAACGCAAGGAGAAGACGGGUGCUCGCUUCUCCGUCCGGGUGUCUGCGGUGGAAAUCUUUGGCCAAGAUGAGGAACUUAAGGACCUGCUGUCUGACGUAUCGACGGGUAGCCAGCAGGAGGGCCAGUCGCCAGGCAUCCAUCUCAGAGAGGAUCCCAUUUGCGGCACUCAACUUCAGAAUCAGAGCGAGCUUCAUGCCCCGACAGCUGAGAAGGCAGCCUUCUUUCUGGAUGCUGCCAUGUCGGCCCGCAGCACCAGCCGACCCGAUGCGGAUGAGGAGGAGCGACGCAACUCGCAUAUGCUCUUCACGCUACACAUCUACCAGUAUCGUAUGGAGAAGAGCAGCAAGGGAGGAAUGUCAGGUGGGCGGAGCAGGCUACACCUCAUUGACCUGGGGAGCUGUGAAAAAGUCUUGAGUAAAAGUCGAGACGGAGGAGGAGGUGCAUGUCUCUCACUGAAUGCAUUGGGAACCGUCAUCAUGGCUUUGGCGAAUGGAGCGAAGCACGUACCUUACAGGGAGAGCAAAUUAACCAUGUUGCUGAGAGAGUCCCUUGGCAACAUCAACUGCCGAACCACCAUGAUUGCCCACAUUUCUGAUUCCCCGGUUAACUACGCCGACUCACUCACCACCAUCCAGUUGGCAUCCCGGAUUCAUCGAAUGAGGAAAAAGAAAUCAAAGUAUGCAUCCAGUUCAUCUGGAGGGGAAAGUUCCUGUGAGGAAGGGAGGAUCCGUCGACCACCCCACCUCAGGCCUUUCCAUCCUCGGACAGUAGCCCUAGACCCGGAUCUACCCUCUCUGCUCAGUGACCCAGACUACUCCUCCAGUAGUGAGCACUCGUGCGAUACUGUCAUUUACGUGGGCCCGGGUGGAGCUGCGAUCUCAGACAGAGAGCUGAGUGACAAUGAAGGUCCACCUGCUUUUGUUCCCAUCAUCCCUUCCCUGAACAAGAAGAGGGCAGUCAAGGAAGGUCCCUUAGACAGAGACCAAUUCUUUAAAUGCAACACGUUUGCUGAGCUUCAAGAGAGGCUGGAUUGUAUAGACGGUAGUGAAGAACCUACAGCAUUUGUUGGUGAGGGUAAGCGAAACCAAGCGAGCCCCAAGAUGGACAAAUCCAAGGAGAGCGGAAGCUCUGUUUCACCAAAGACUGUUGCAAGUAUGACUUGCAACCAAGAUGGCACGUCACCCAAACAAUCUCCUAAAUCUGUUGCUGUACAGCCAUUUUGCAGUCCUGGCACUAAAACAAAAGUGGACAUUUCUGAAAGGCAAAACAUACCUUCAGAAAGCAAACAACCGGAAUGUGUUCCAAAUGUAUGCAGAACCAGCGCUGAUGGUGAGAGGAACUUGGUUUCAGAAAACAGUGUCGAUACUGAUCAAUUGCCAAUCGCUGCAACGGUUCAUCCUGAACCAGUUGUAAGGGAGAAGAUCUUCUUCAACAAGAAAGCAUCUCACAAGGAAAAUUCAGAAAAGACAGAACGGUCUACCACCAGAAUGCCCCCGGUUGGAAUGAGCCACCAAGCAGUCAAACGGAGGGAUCCUUGUGCUUCUCCAAGUCAUCGGUCUCCGAUGGAAGUUUGCCAGAUCAGCUCCGCCUUGCAGGAAAGAUGUUUUGAUCGGGACAUCCUCAGAGCUACCGUCACCUUGCAGCAGCCUGUGGAGCUGAAUGGAGAAGAUGAGCUGGUAUUCACCGUGGUUGAAGAACUGUCUAUUGGCGGUAUUGGAGUUAAGGGCCGGCCAUCCAGCAUCAUCAGCUUUAACAGUGAUUGUUCUCUGCAGGCUCUUGCUUCUGGCUCCAGACCUGUUAGCAUUAUUAGCAGCAUCAACGAUGAAUUUGAUGCCUACACAUCAUCUGUUGGUGGAGCUGAGGUAAAUGUUGAAAUGGUCACACCGCUGCAGGAAGGAAUAAUGGAGUGUGUACAUAGUAGAGGUUCAUCUGUCAGCUCUUGGCUUAGUGAAGUGAGUGUCUGCACCCUGGAGAGUGAAGGGGCACAAUCUUCUGAUGUCUUUCUUCCUCCAGACAAGAGUAUUGGACCAGAAGCCACUUUUCAUUUUGAAUCCCUUGACAUGUUCCAUCCUGGACCAUCAACUAGAGAAGCCAAGAAUUCCUUGAAUGACAGUGGGUUUAGUUUUUCAGAACAGGACAGUGACAGUGUCGCCUCAAGCAAGCUGUCCUUGACCAAGUGCCCCCCAUCUCCAGAUCCAACCAAAGCACCCCAUAGAUUACCUUCUAAAAUAACAAAAGCUCACUCACUUAGCUCCACACAGAGCUCCUCUAUGGUUCACUCCAGUCUUCCAAGGAAGGUCAAACCUACCUCAUCCAUCCCCAGUAGUAGCAGUAGCAGCAACAGCAGAGAUCCAGCGAGGCAGGAAAAUCCCUGGCAGCGCACAGACAACCUCUCACAAGCGCAACCCAUUGUCCCCGCUAGCAGGUUUGUCAGAACCCCUCCCAGUGGUAUCUCCACGAGCAAAGUAUCCAACAACUGUAACAGUACAUCUCGACCAUCCAAGGUACAUGGGUCUACCUCAUCCCAAAGGGUGGUUGAUGGGUGCGAGAAGUCUGCCUGUAAGAAAUCUGAACCCCCCAGCAGAAUGCCUCAACUAAGAAGAGGUGCCACCACUCUAGGAACAGUGCCCGUCAUCCAUUCCUCAACGGACUACAAGGGAACCCAAGAUGCUGCAGCAGCAACAAGCCUUAAAUUCUCCUCUCUCGGGAAAAACAACAAGGCUAACUCACAGAAGUCAAGUUAUCUACCCAGACCUGGUUGCAUAUCCCCUCCUCCACCACCGGUAAGAAAGUCCAGCCUGGACCAAAAGACCAAGAUUCUUCUACCCCAAAGUGCCUUAAAGUCAGCAUAUGGGGAGGCAGGAAGGAGCAUUGGGGCAAGGGCAGGCGUGUCAGAGGAUGAGCUUGAGGUUCGUCACAGAGCAGACUCCAUUCAUUUCAAAACCUCCAGUCUAAGAUCUGACCAUGUCAAAGUUACUUCUAGUCUGAAGGCAAGAGGAACGAGAGGUGAAGCCGGGCAUCACUAUGGGAGUCAGAUAUCCUUAGAGAGGUGUGACAGUUUGUCUCUGUCCAGCACCCGAGCCGGGCUUAGUCGAGAAAAUAGUGGAGCGAGUCUCGGUAGCGGCACUGGCAAAGUUGGUAAAUCCAUCCCGAGAUUUGGCCUUCCUAAUUCAUCAAGUUCUCCGAUCGCUACCUGCCCGUCAUCUCCAGGAACCAUAAGCAAAACGGGCCAGGUCAAAGCAUCAGGAAACCCUCGAACAUUAGGAUCACUUAAUAACAGUAAGGCACGCUCAUUGUCCGCCAACAAUUCCAAGGGCUUAAGUUCCUCCACCAAAUCUUUGGCCACCGCUGUGACUAGAACUACCAAUGCCAACCUUCCGCCAUCAGGUAGAACAUCAGCUCCUCGGACCACCGCUGCUGUCAGCAGCAAACCAGGGAGAGGGACUAUCAUGGGGACAAAGCAGGCCGUACGAGCCGCCAAUAGCCGUGUGAGCGAACUGGCAACAGGCGGAAUAUCCGGCAAACACGUGAGAGUUUCCGGAGAUUCCGACAGCGGUAACGACAGUGGCGUGAACGUGGGGGAUGACAAAUCCCCAACAGCUAUGCUACCUUCUCCGUAUAGCAAAAUUACAGCGCCUAGACGACCUCAGCGCUAUAGCAGCGGACAUGGUAGUGACAACAGCAGCGUGCUGAGUGGCGAGUUGCCUCCCGCUAUGGGCCGCACAGCUCUCUUCUAUCAUAGCGGUGGCAGCAGCGGAUACGAGAGUAUGAUCCGUGACAGCGAAGCGACGGGGAGCGCUUCCUCUGCCCAUGACUCAAUGAGCGAGAGUGGGAUGUCAUCUUCGGGCAGAACCAGGAGCUCCAAAUAUCCCAAAAAGAGAGCAACUGGUUUCCAGAGAAGACGGCUAAUUCCAGCGCCCCUGCCAGAUACCUCUUCCCUGGGGAAGAAAGUGAGCACAGCAGCCCAGUGGGUGGACUUGCCCCCAACGUUGAAAGAACCUUUUGAAAUCAAGGUCUAUGAGAUUGACGAUGUGGAACGCCUUCAGAGAGGACGUCAGGAACAAGUUUCAGAGCAACCAUUUCAUGAUGUUGACAAGGGCCUGUUGUAUUUUAAUAAUAAGUUGAAGAUGUUGGAGAGAAGGCAACAGCAAGUAAGAGAAUUGAAAUCCAAGCACGAGGUUUUGAUGGAGGAGCUAGAGGACACCAAGGCUCGGCUCAUGAUGGAUCCCAGCAAGUGGACCGGAGAGUUUGAAGUGGACCCGAAUUUGGAUAAAGAGUCUCCGGAGUACCUGGACAUCUUGGAGCGAGUCACAGACGAGCUGGAGUUUUGCGUCAACUUGUGCAAGUCGCGCGUUAUGAUGGUGACCUGCUUUGAUAUCAGCACACAGCCAGCCGGCGCUCACGAGGAACCACGGGAAGUUGAAGUGUGAAGCCAGAUGGAAGUCGAUUAGGAAAGGAGUCGUGAGGAAGUGAAAGGAUGGUGAAAUGUAGUAGCCACUGCAUUGAAGAAGGCAAGAUGGCGUCUUUGCAUGAGAACAGGAAAUCGUAAACCACUUUGCGAGAGUGCCUCGUUGUCCGGGGACGCGUUUGAAGGCAGUGAAACGAAACGUGAGCACAAAUGCAUAACAGUGGCCAUUAGAGGAGUCAAUGAACACCUGGAAGUGCCUUUUUUAAAAAUUAUUUCAUGUCAUUGUUUUUCAUUUGGUGCCGCCGGCAUACCUAAGCAAACCCUGAACAUAUUGCUUUUAAGAACAAAUAUUUUAUAUUGCAUUGUAAAGUGUAUUUAUGAUUAUGUGGUGUGUAAAAAAAAUCUCAUCGGAAGGGUAGAAAUAAAAAAGGGGGUAAAAAAAAAGAGAAAAAGCAAUAAGCUAAUGUUAUUGCGCUCCCAGAUUUUGCCUUUUGUCUUGUUUGAAACCUCAGUCAGCAUUUUCGGCAUUUUCAGUCAGCCUCUUGCGCCUUAUGUUCACUUUUGUAGUUUUCUAGAUCUUCAAAUUGGACUGUGUUUUCUGAUGAAUGAUCUCACCUCCCAUCAACCUCCGCAAGGUUGAGUGAAUGUUUUUUUUUUUUUUGGUCCCUCCAGUUGCCUUGAUCGCAAUGAGUCUCAGUGGAUGCGCAAAGGUCGAGAAGCAGUUAUGUACAGUUCAUCGAUGAGUGUCCGAAAUGAGGUCGUAAGCCAAAACAUAUCAAUCAGAGAGCCGCUGUGAUGGACAGUUAGCGUUAGGUGCUCGUUGGUACCUCCACACAUGCCCAUGGAAUGGUUUUCUAUACAAGCCUACAAUAAGAAAAGGAUGAUGAAUAGUUACACUGACAGCAAAUAGGGAUCUUUACAAUGAAAAAAAAAAAAAGUGGCACAGAGGAGAAAGCACAAGUAAGCCUGUGUUUUAGUUUUAUUGUUUUGAAUCUGUUACAGCUGAGCCUCAGCUCUAUGCAUUCCACUUUUUACUGACAGUACUGAGUUUAAGUGCAACAGCACAUUGUACUCUUUGUUUUGGAUUAUUUUAUUUAUUUGUUUUAUUCUGGCAAAUUUUAAAAAGAUGACAUAAAACGGCUCCACGUUUUUUAUGGUUUCCAGUGAUAUUAUGCAUCUUAAUACAAAUUAUGUUGGUAUUAGUUAGAAAUCUGUAUGUCAUUGGAGAUGAUCACUGGAAAUGAUUGCGAACAACUUUUUGGGGUAUUUUGUUGCAUUUUUUUUUUUUUAUAUCUGUAAUAAUAGGACUUUGUUUACUUUCUUUGACAAAGAUGUUCUCUCUCAGGCCCUCUCUGAAGAUGCUGCAUGAUAUUUCUUAAUCAUUUUUUUAAGUAAUGAUUUCUACUCCAUUUUUACCAUUCAAAUUUUUUACAGUAACUUCACUUUUCACUAAUGUGGGUUUAGGCUUGUGAAUGAAAAACCUAUAAUACCAAACCAAGACCUUUUUCCAAGAAAUUAUUUUAUGUAAGGUCAUAUUUCAUAUCGAAACCCAUAUUUUCGAAUAUCUUUGUUUUUGUAUAGGAUUUUCAAACCCUGUGUAAAAAUGUAUGAUAUGGCAGCUUGUGUUUUACUUUUACAGUAUCUGUGAAUAAAAUACUUCUUACGGAUGA